UAGUCAUCUAGCCCGUUUCGUGUGUUUCACUUUGUUAUCUUGUUUAUUUACGUUUGUUAUUUAACAAAACUUAUUUCGCUGAUUAUUUUACUAAACACGAAACUCUAUAAUUAGUUAACUAUACAUCUUCCCAGUGUUGUGAAUACAUGUGAUAUCAUUUUGUGUUUGCGAAAGUUAAACUUGCAGUGUUUGUCUUGUAGUUUCGGUUGUUGUUUUGUGUUUAUUUUGAACGUUUGUGUGUGUGAUUCCAACUGGAUGAUUUAACUUCGAAAAUCUAAAUGCUGACCAUGACGCCAUGCGCUCCGAUUGGCUGUGGCGCGCCGUAGCAUCGAGUCCUGGACCGUGAUUGGUGGAAAAUGUCGGGCCUGCAAGCGCGCGGCGAAGACGUCAUCAAUGGGGUCGAUGUCAGGGAGCAGGGCAGCGCUUUAAGAGUGGCUACGAACACUCCCCACCUCGUGAGUCUGGGUACCGGCAGGCUGAGCACCGCGGUAACACUCCAUCCUAUCAAACAGGGUCGAGUGACCAUCGGCUCCGACCCAACCUGCGACAUCUACGUAGUAGGCACCGGGGUAGCCAGUGUGCACUGUCGCGUUGAGAACUCUCACGGUGUGGUCACCCUAUACCCCACUAGUGGGAGUACGUUACUAGACGGUCUGCCGGUCGACAAGCCCACGAGACUGUCACAAGGAAGCAUGCUAACAAUAGGCCGUUCCAACUACCUCCGCUUCAACCACCCCGAAGAAGCCAAACUAAUGAAGUCAGUCCUCCCUUCAACCCGCGUAUCCAUGGCUCCUAUACAAUAUCAGCCUAACGAACACUGCGCGCAAGGUUACCAAGACCAGAACCAAUGUUACCAGAACGCGAACAUCCAAAAAAUCUUCAAAGACACCAACCUCCAACAACUCGACCAAGAAUUAGACAUGACUCUCAACGAAAUAGCAAAGAAAAAACCUCCCGUAGCACCAAGAAAAUACGCUGAAGACGACCAACCAAAAAUGUCUAGUAUUAUGGCUAAAGUAUCCAAAUUCGAGUAUUACGCGAAGCAGCAGAAAAUAGGAAGGAGUCAGUUUUACACGUCGAAUGAAAUAGAAAUCUCACCCAAAGUAUUUAGCUCUAAUUCCUUAACAGUCAAUACCCCAGCGAAAGAUGUGUUAGGAGGGAGAAAUGUACCUAAUUAUAUGAAGAAUACUGAUCAGAAGAUUAUAGUACUUAAUGAGAAUAAUACGGAGAAGCGACCGUACGCUAAUGUAGCUUUAAGAAAUAAAAAUAAGAUUGAGGAUAUAGUGAGGAAUUUCGAUGAGAAUUCGCGCAACGAUUUUAAGCUUAAAAAGGUUAACAACGACCAAAAAGACAACAUCUACGGCAAAAUCAACAACACAAAAGACGAAAAAAGUAACCUAACAAAUAAAGAAGAAAUGAAACCUUGUCUGCCCUCGCCGGCCUUCGACAGGAACCCGCAGUAUUCCCCAGUAUACGCGAACAGCUAUGACAGGAGUUAUGAAUCUGAGAAUAGAAGAAUCAGGGCAUACCAGGAUAGGAUAAAAGAAGAAGAGCAGAAAGAGGCAGAAACAGCACGUUUGGAAGAAAUCCUCAACAUGUGCGCAGAGUACGAGAGGCAGAUCGCGUCAGGUAUACCCAUAACGCCUACAGAAAAACGGCCCCACAACAAAAUCAUCACAAAUGGAUCUCUACCAAGAAGCGUCGCUUUGAACAACCCUAACUUUGUACAGACCAGUGAAGGUUAUUACAAAUUCGAAACUAGUCAGAACAAGAACAUGUCUCAAUCCCUACCUGCCCAAAGAAACGUUUCCAGCUACGAAAACAUAGAACCAUUAACACCCGAAGUAACUAUAGAGCAUCGAGGCCGUAUGGACGAGAUCGGAAUACCAGUGUUUGAGGACGAACUGUCCAGUCCUGUGCUCAUUAGAAAGCUGGAUAAGGUUAAUUCGCCUAUAGGUAGCCCAUACGAAAACGUGUACUACAACCGAGGUAACCUCAAGCCAAAAUCGCCUAAUUCUCAAAGCCCUAGAACGAGAAUAAAGACCACUUUCGCUCACAAAAAUCCCAUCCCAUCGCCUCAAUACUUCAUCUUCCCUACACCACCGCCUGUUGACAACUCGAAAAAACCUAAUUUUAACAUCCCUAAUAAUACUCAUAAUGAAGUUAAUGAAAAUACAGAAAGUAAAGUAAAUGACAAAUUCGCUGGAAUUGAAAAACAACUAAGUUUAGAAGAAGAUAUACCUAUGAUAGACGAUGCUGAUGUAACUAACGAUAUUGAACAACGACAUUCAACCAUAGUUACAGAAAAGGACGAUAUACAGCGACAAAACUCAAACAAUUCUGAACCUGACGAAGUAUUCGUGAAUGAAAACACUUUAACAAAGAAUCAAAGUUUCGACGACGUUAAAAAUGAGCUAAUGGCAGAUAUACCAGAGCUAGAAGAGUUCGAGAAAGAUCUAGAACAGAAUAAGAGGGAGAAGAUGAUACGACAAAUACAGGAAGGUUUGAAACAGAUAGACGUUGAAGCUGAUUCUAUCGACAGUAAUUUGGACGUGAAUAUGUCGGAUUUGAAAAGUAAAUGUCAUAAUCUUAAAGAAGAGAGAAAGAAGCUAGUGACUAAGAUACAUGAACUGAAAUGUAAGAUGUCUGAAAUAAGGUCACAGGAAGACGAUAUUUUGAGAGAGCUCGAAAUGGAGAAAGCCCUAAUAAAAGGUGAAUACGACUCAGAAAUCGCCAUAUUGAACAUAGAACAGAAGAAGAAGAUGGAGCUCGCGGAAAAUGCGAAAAAGAUAGAGGAAGAAAUAAAACAAUUGAAAGAGAAGCAGGAGGCGAGACAGAAAGAGUUGAAAGAGAGGGUCGAUAUAGCUACUAUGAAGGUUGAAUGGAUUAAGAAGGAUCUGGACAACGGAGCGACGGUUGAAGAGCUUCAGAACGCGCAGGAUAUUUUAGAUAACGAGACCAAGAUAUUCGAAGACCUGGAAUUCCAGCAUUUGGAGGAGGAGUCUGAAUUACUAGCAAACCGAGAGGACUUACAAAACGAAAUAAUUCAACUGACAAAGAAAAUAGAAGCGCAAAAAACAAGAAUACUAACACUCAAAUCCGAAGCCAAUAGUAAUCUUACUUCGGCUUUAGAUGAAACUAAAAUACUACAAGCAGAGUAUGUAAGACUACUCAAUGAAGUUGAAGGUCUGACUGGUAAGGUACAAACUGUAGAAAAAGAAUUGAAACCUAUUGUAGCUAAAUUAAAUGAGCUAGAAAGAACACAAUCACCAGAUAGCGCUUUUUAUACAGACCAAACCAGAGCUAAAUCAGGAGAAUUCGGUUAUUCUCCUCAAAGCAGUGACAGUGACGAUCUAGACGUGAAAGUCACACAAUUCGAAGAACACACUAACCAACUAAAAGAUAAAUUUAACUCUAUCGAUCAAAUGUCACAAUCCAUGAUUGUAGACAUCGAACGACGAGUUUGCGACGUCGCAGAUGACGAUAACGAAAGUCCGUCUAAGUCUUCAACUUCUAAAGAGAAGAAAGGAUUUUGGGAACGGAAUUUCGAUUCAUUAAAAAGAAAGAGUAAAGACAAAAAGAAAGAAAAGGUCGACAUUAUGUCGCAGAGUUUGAAUGAGAACAUGUUUUACAAUAAUGAUACUAUUGAAAAUGAUGUUUCUUUAGAUAGGUUUAAUAGCUUGAGACAUUCCAAAGGUAAAAACAAAAACGGUCCUGUCAAAAGUGCAUCGUCAUCUAAAAUCCCGACGUUUGCAGCUUUGGGUAAAAUUAUUAAAAAAGACUCUUUCGGGAAGAAAACUAAAGACGUAAAAGUAGAAAUAAAAGACGAAGAACCAAAAAAUAGAUACGUUAAAAACGCGAAAGCUAGUUUUGAUAAUAAAUACGUGAAAGCAAAAUCGUUAUCGCCUGAUAAAUUAAUGAAAGAAGAUGAUAUAAAAGAGGAAGAUGAAGAUCAGAAGCCAUUUGAAGAUAGAAAUAAUAAAGUUUUCCAUAGAAAGAGUUGUGGAGAUGAACCUAAUGUUAGAGAGUUUAAUAGAAUAUCAGAUUCAGGGAAGAUCCCGUCGCAAGAUGAUAUAGAUAGGAUAUCGAAGGUUACGAUGGAUGCUCCUAUAUUGUCGAGUGAUACGGACAUGAACUCUUUGGGGAAGAGAACUUUAGAUAGCUUGAUGGAGAUCGAGAGGAAGAGAAUGGAGAUGCUAGAAGAGCAAGGUUGCCAAGUAAUAGAGAACGAGCGAGAGAAGAUAUCAGAACUGAAACGGCGAGUGCAAGACGAGACGAAGAAGCUAUGGGACCAGCGCACGCGCAACGAGCAGUCCAAGUCUUUUGACAACGACUGUCAAGGCAUCGAGGUCGACAAGACUUACGUUGACAGUCUUGUGGAUGAUAGUAUGAAUAUGAGCAACGUCUAUGAUGAAAGUUCCGGAUUCAUGUCCUCGUCAAUUGAAGAGCUCCAAGUAAGAAACUCUCACACCGAGUCCACAGAAGACGAGAAACGCAGCGAUGACAGCCGACCGCUCAGCCUCGCCUCCGACUUUAGCCGAGACAACAUUUUGCCACUCCAAAGUGGUCCUCGGCGAAACCGGCGCUGCGUGGCGCCAUACAGCGCUUCACAGCGCCCUCUUACCCGCUACCUACCCGUCGACCGCGAGGACUUCGACCUCAGACGCCAUGUUGAAUCCGCGGGUCACCAGAUCGAGCUGUGCCCCCACGUGACAGUGACUGCUAGCGCUUGCCGCGGCUACCUACAUAAACUCGGUGCAAAGUUCCAUACGUGGUCGAAGAGGUGGUUUGUCUUCGAUCGGGAAUCGAAGACUUUCGUAUACUACUGGGAUAAAAGCGAGAGAAAACCGCGGGGCGGCGCUUACUUCCAGGUAAUCGAAGAAGUAUACCUCGACCACGGCAACACCUCGAAAUCCCCCAACCCGCAGACCACAUUCAUAGUGAAGACCCGGCAGCGCCGCUACUACCUGCUGGCGCCGUCCGGCGAGGCGGCGCGCAUCUGGAUCGACGUCGUGUUCACCGGCGCGCAGGGGUACACGGACUAUCUGGACUGAGAACUUAUUUAACCUUCAUGAUGUUUUAAACUAUUUUUAGGGCGUUUUUGGUCUGAACAUUGCCUUUUAGCAUGAUUUAUAGUAGACAUUUUCGUCUGCUGAAUAAAAAAGAAUGUUUAGGAAUUUAUGACCUAACCUUGACGGUUAGCCUGAAUUAUGUGGACAUAUUCGUUUAAUUUGAAAUUUUUGUCGAGGUUUGGGGCAUUUUUAGCCUGAGUUAUGUGGACAUUUUCGUCUGAUUAGCAAAGUUUUUGACGAAAAGGUGUGGUCUGAACAUCACUUAUUUAGCCUAAAUUAUGUGGGCAUUUUCGUCUUGUUGGAAGUCUGAACAUUACGGACAUUUUAGCCUGAAUGGUGUUACGGACAUUCUCGUCUGAUUACCAGUUUUUGUCGAACUGGUUUGGAGCUCUUUUAAUCUGAACAUUACGGAUAUUUUAGGCCGAAUUGUGGGACAGACAUUUUCGUCUGGCUAGUAAAGCAUUUUUUCAUUACAGACAUUUAUGUCUAAACAUAAAGUUAGGAAAAUGUUUGAAGAUUUAAUCAUUACGGACAAUUUACGUUGUAGACAUUUUGUCAGAACAGACAUAUUCGUAGUACAAUAAUAAUUUCCUGUACUUUUAACACUUCUAACGAAUCUUUGGGCUUAUUAAAACCCAGAAUUAAAAAUGUUUAGAAACUCUAAUUGUGACUUUUUAGACGACCUUGUUUUUUGCUAGUUUUAAUAAAACUAAGCGAAAGAGAUGAGUACUAAAACAAUAACUGUAAUAUAACAAAUGGGUAAAAUGUACGAUCACACCAAAAUCAAGCCUAAUACAGUAUGUGUUUGCUUUGAUUCCUAACUACCUAUGUAUGAAAAUACCCAAAACUUUGGAUAUAUAUUUCAAUUUCGCAAUUGUGUGUUUUUAUAUCGAAUAUUUUUAAUUCGCGAAUAGAAAAAUCACAGUAUUUUUAGCAUAUAAAAAUAUACAUAAUUUGAUACGAAUUAAAAUUAUCAUUAGGUAUUCAUACCUUCGACAAUAAAAACCCUGUGCCAAGCUUUAUAUGAUAAAAAUAUUUUUACACGGCAGCUUUAUAUCAAGGUAGUUUUGGACGAGACUCUUUACAUAGUUCCGUCACACAUAAAUAACUACAACAUAAGAUAACACACUAGAAAUACACAAAGUAAAUAUCACACGUGAAACUCGGAAAAAACAUCUAGUAAAUAUCACACGUGAAACUCGGAAAAGCAUCUGGUAAAUAUCACACGUGAAACUCGGAAAAAACAUCUAGUAAAUAGCACACGCGGAACUCGAAAAAAACAUCUAGUAAAUAUCACACGUGAAACUCGGAAAAAAUCUAGUAAAUAUCACACGUGAAACUCGGAAAAGCAUCUGGUAAAUAUCACACGCGGAACUCGGAAAAAACAUCUAGUAAAUAUCACACGUGAAACUCGGAAAAAAAUAUGUAACGAACGUACAGCAAAUUGCCUAUGGGAGAAUCAAUUUUUUUCGCGAUUUCGGAGUAGGCCCCAUAGUUGCUAACCUAAACGUUAACGGGUUUACGUUAAACUAUAAUAAUACACUUUCAAGUUCCAUAUUGUGUUACAUUUUUUCUUGUGUGACGUCACAUUAAUGAGUCUCGUGUUUUAAUCUAGUGCCUUGCAAGAGACUGACCUACAAAUCUGUGUAAAUUGUAUUAAAUGUACCUUAAAUAUACAGUCAAUUUGUAAUGAAAUGCCAAUUUUGUAAGUGCUCAGAUUAUUUUAGUUUAAGAUGUGUGAGGAUUUUCAAAUGUACUUUAAGGUUGUUUGAAAUUAUACCUAAUGCAUUAAUGCUUAAGAUCUAAUAUAGAAGUACACUUAAAUAAGUACCUAACCAAUACGAUUGGGAUCGUAAAGGUAAAAAAAGAAUUUCGACUCUGUUGCCUAUAUAAGAAGUCUGAAAAUCAGAAAGGUGUUUAUGAGAGUCCCGUAAUAUAUGAAGCUCGUGUAAAUUACACCUAAAUGCAUUACAAUAAAGUUCAUAUUCGCGAUAGUGCGGUCAAAGAACUAACUUAUUUUGUAUAAGCACGCUUAUAUACCUUAUGUUAAAGAAUAAUAAUGUUACCAUUAUUAGCUAUAUAUAUUAUGUAUUACUGGCAACUUUACAUUGCCAAAACGCAUGUUUGUAUUAACUUUGUAACAUUGUCGAAAACACACAAGUAACCCUUUCAACUAUAUUUGCCAUGUACAAAAAUGUCACUCACACGCCAACAUCUUCGAUUCAGGAGAUAUAUCUUUAAUUCAGGUCAUUAAGAGCUUAAAAUUAGCAUUUAUAGCAUAAUGAAUUCGACGUUUAAAAAUAAAACUAAUUUCGGACCGACAUAAUUGAGAAAUACGACCUCUAGAGAACAGUCAGACAGAUGCAAACUUUUCCCCCAAACUGAAACGGUAACGCUUCGCUUCGCUCGGUCAGUAAAAAAAAUAUAAUCUUAAACUAAAAACACGAGUCAGACCAAGAUAAGUUGGCAGCAAUUUUGAUAGCGCAGACGGUGUACGUGUUAUUUUUAACGUCAAACUUCUAUGAAAUUAUGACGUUUACUUAACACUUGCACCGUCUGGGCAAAAUCACUACCAACUUAUCUUGGUCUGACUCUAUAUUGAUCAAAGAGAAUUUGAAAUAGAGGUGAAUUGUCAAAGAAAACUUUAUAGCUACGAGUAUAGUACAUUUACCGCCAUCUUUCGACACAUGAUUAAAACUUUUAGAACGCCAUUUGAGUUUGAUCCUUAUAGGGACCGUGCGCGUUGGAGGGUCUGCCAUCUUGUGCUCUGAAUCGGAACCAUAAACAUGUACAUUUACACGUCACGUGUUUUCUUGUGCAUAGUAGGUUCUGCCAUCUUGUGGGCUACAUCGGAACAAUAAACAUCACAUUUACGCCUCGCGCCUAAAUUCUGACGGCUCCUGUGCUGCCUCCUACAAUUCAUGCACGCUCCCUAUUAUUUCACUGUGAUAAAUUUGUUAAAUAUCAAAAAGUGGCGCCAUCUUACCGGGCAUCGGCUAUAGGUUGUUACGUCAUCGCUCGAAACGAUGCCGCCAUACCUUUGGCCUUUGAUCUAUUAGAUGGCGCCACUUUUUGAUAUUUAACAUAUAUCAGUGAAAGAAUAAGAAUCAAAGUCAACUGGCGUUCUAAAAGUGUUAAUCAUGUGUUGAAAGAUGGCAGUAAAUGUACUGUGACUACUAAGUUUUCUUUGACAAUCCGCCUCUAUUUCAAAUAAUCUUUGAUAUUGAUAUGCGAGAGUAUAAAGAAGUUCUUGGUGUAUAUUGAUAUUUAGCGUUUUUGGCAUUGAAAGGGUUGCAUGCUUUGUAUAACACACAAGCAUUAUUGAAUACAACCCAUCUUAGAGCAAAUGUGUGAAAAAUCGACAGUGUAUAACAUAUAAAUGGAAUGUAUUGUAAUUGUGUGAUUCGUUUGUACAAUGAAAUGGCUGAAACCAAUUAUUUUAGAUCAUAAGGUCACAUUAUUAUUAACCAAGCAAGUAAAUAAAGCAUUUACAUAA